CCGAAAAGGUGCAAAAAGCGAAGCGCCAAUGAAUGACCUGACAGAAUAACCGAGACAGAACGGCCCGACCGGCCAAAAAAAUACAAAACAAAAAAAAGACCAAGAAAAACGAUUAAAGAGAAACCACACCCCCCAAAGCAAAGAGAAAAACACCCGAACCAAAACCGAAACCGAACCGCCUCGUCCGCUGCCCACGGGACGACAGCGGCGGGAGGGCGGCCGGGCGGCGCUGCCGGACGGGGACGGGAAAGCGACGGGGGGCUAUGGAGCGCGCCGGACGGAUCACCGACAGCUUCCCGCGGCGGCACCGCGCGCAGACACGCGCCGGCGGCAAAGAGCGGAGCGGAGCGCGGCGGCGGCGCGGCGGAGAGGGGCGCCACCGGGUGGUCCCGCCGGCCCCGGUCCCGCCCACCCCCCCCCACCCCGCGCAGGACGACGCCCGGGACCCCUCUGCCCCGCCGCGCGAGGCCCCGCGAGAGCUGCUGGAGAUGUUGCGACGCUUCGAUCUGGCCUGGGAGUACGGGCCGUGCACCGGCAUCACCCGGCUGCAGCGCUGGGAGCGGGCGCGGGCGCUGGGACUCAACCCGCCGGCCACGAUCCGCGACGCCCUUCUGGAGCACCGCGACGACCCUGCGGUCACGUACAGCCUGUGGCACGAGUACGGUCUGUGAGCGGACGGCAAGACGGCGGCUCCGGUACGACGCCGAGGUCCCGGUACGCAGCGCCGCAGCCCGGGCGGCCGCUGCUGGGUGAAUAAAGCAGUGAGUGCGCUAA